AUGAACCGUUUUCGCACAAAGAAGAGGGCGAAGGAUGAUACCUCAUCCACGCCCCGGGCCUCUCAGGAGUCUGAAUCUCCUGCCCCUUUCAGAUUGUUUGGCAAGGGCAAGAAGUCGCAGGAGGAGGAGCCUAAGAAAGAGCUCGACCUUGAGAAUGCCCUACCGUCGUCUGACGACUUCCGCACGAGUCUAUUGAUGACUGGUCUUUCGGCGAGGUUCUCCAUGCUAAGAGAACAAGAUGAUCCCAACACCAAGAUCGGCAAGGCUAGCGACGACAGCGUCCUGUUUCCCAAGCGUGCAUCAAGAAUGGAUUUUGGAUUCGGCGCUGGUGCGAGCGGUCUCUCGGACAUUGCUGAGGUUGAGUCCCUAAGGAAAGAGGCCCCUUUUGCCCGUAUGGAUCGCAUGGAUUCGUUCCACUCCUCAGACGGAAACUCUGUCUCGGGAAGCAUCAUGGACCGAUCCAAACCGGGAGAAGGGAACAACUUGUUUGGUGGACGCCAGAAGAUUUAUAAGAUUGCCUCGGGAAGCGCAUCGACGAAGAAUGUCGAUGGAGGCGGAAUGAGCCACCGUGCUCUGUACGACGACGAUGUUGCCAUGUCCUCUUUCCAGAAAUGGAGGCAGACGGAGAAGGCGAAGAUGUCUUUCGACGACGACCAGGACCUGGUUCAAUCCACAUCAAGUCUCGAUCUUGCGCGCGCGGAAUCUCCUCCUCCCGCCGGCUACAACCGCAACAGGGAGACAAAUUCAACAACCUCCUCAACGCCAUCGCUCGGCCGCAACUCUACCGCUGCAACCUCUGUGAUGUCCCAACCAACAUCUUCCACCAAGGAUUGGCAGUCUUCGUCAACCGCGCCGAGUUCUGCAGCGGGCACUCCUCUGCUUGAAAGAAGCAUGACCCGCACGAAGCGUCUCUACGAGACAGGUCUGAACAACGAGCUUCAGGAGCAACAAUCUUCGGCAUUGUCUCGCAUGGACACGCUUUCUCGACAGCGUGGCUUUGGCAGCAGGACACCCGACCUUCAGAGUGGCCCUUCACCAACAACAGGUCUUUUUGCAGACCGAUUUGGUGAUCGCAGAAUACUGGCCAAGGGAAGCGCGCCCAAUCUGCGAUCUGCCAGCCCGCCGACGGCGGCAUCGCCGAUCCAACCAAUGGACUUGGGCAUCCGGAACCAGGAUUCAAGGCCCUCAUUUGGCGGUGCGCCGCCUCUGAGCCCGCCCAUCAGUGAAGGGGAGGAACAUUCGAUUCUUCCCAACGACCGAGGCAAGGCCACAGCCAUGGGUAUGUUUCAGAAGCCUCUUCACUCUUACGACGAUACCAGGUACGCCCAGAGGCAACUUCAACUCCAACAAGGUCGAGAGACACCUACCAAUCGAUUCCGCACCGAGUCCAAUGCUUCGCAAACCACUGGUCGUUCCCGGUCGUCUUCGUCCGCACAGAGACAGCCUAUUGAGAGACCUGAGCCCGUCGUCCAGGUUGAGCCUACGUUGGAGGAGGAAGAUACCGCGUCGAUUUACUACAACGAGAAGGAAGAGGAGGCACAGUUGUCUCCCAUGGUUACGAGGCGACCAGCGGACCGCGAUCAUCCCGCUUUCAGGGAUUCGGCCAUUCCCACUCCGCUUUCACUCAGCGGCAGGGAGUCAGUUGAGCCCUCCCCAGUUUCCGAUCAACCGUUCCCUUCCGCACCUGCCGACCAACUCGGCGCGCCACAAGACUCGCCAACCCUGCCCUCCUCUGCAGGCCUCAGCGGCAUGGUUCGCGCCCAUCUCCGAACAGACAGCAACACAUCGUCAAUCUACGGCUCGGCACCUCAAACAUCCACUUUCGCCUCCAGAUUCCCGCUUGAUCCUUACGACCCCUCAUCCCUGGCUGACUUGGGAGUGACGGCCAACCCCUGGGAAGUGCAGUCGCCAGACUGGCAGUCUCCGACGAUUCCGAUGUUCAACGAGCAGGCCACCAAAGAGAUCAAGGAAGCCAAGGAGGCUCCGGCGCCUACCUCUGCACCGCCGCCCACCUCUGCCCUGCCGCCCGCUCCUACUUCCGCUCCUGCCCCAGUCCCGAGGGAGAACCCUCCAACAGCGCCUUCUGAACGUCAUACCGGCUCCAGCACUGAGAUGGAGAAGGAGCACGAUGAGUUUGCCAAUCAGCUGGCGGAUGCCCAGCGCAGGGUCCGAGAGAGACUCACAUCGUAUGUGGAGUCUGAUCGUGACAGCCGAUCUCUGUCCCGCUCCUUGUCUCCUCACUCUUUUGAGCGUACCAGAGAACCCUCACUGCCUCGGCCUAACCCUCUUGGAAUUCUGAGGUCGAAGACCAGCCGAGGUUCUUUGGCUGACCGUCCUAACCGUGAGAACAGCCAGCAUGCCAAGGCGAUCAAGAUGCUGGGUCUGGCCACUUCGACAAUUAGCAGCGCUCCCAGCCCGAACAAGACUAGCUUUGAGGAGAAUGAGCGCCAAUCCCUCGGCAAGGAGGAGCGCGAGAGGCCUGAAAUUGCCAGAGCUGAGACGGCACCCGCUCAACCCCAACAGGAGCAACCCAAGGAAGACGAUUCAAUGCACGCUGGGUUGCGGGCUUUCAGGCAGGCUCGCAAGCAGCUCUUGGAGGCCCAGCGUAGCCCGACAUCGGGUACAAUGCCCAUUCUACCUGGUGCUCUGGGCGGCUCCACGAUUGGCGCCAUGGUAGGCCCCCCAGCAUCACGCACGGCACCAAGUCGAGACCGCACCCCGGGCACUCGCUCUCCGUCGCGCGAACGCCGUCCUCCUCCCGUGACCUACCAGCGGACGCCAAGCGAAGAGCCUCAAACUGGUGCCGGACCAGGGCGUGGUGGAUCACGCCCUCCAUCACGCACGGAGCGUGAUCGCAGCGGUUCCGAGGCAAGCAACGGUGAGAGGGCUCAGCGCCCUGCCAGACUUCGCACCGUCUCGUCACCGUAUGAGGACCGGGGUGCAGGACUCAGUCCUAACGGACCCCCGCCUUCUCGGCCGCUGAUGCCGUCUCCCGGUUUGCCCGGCACCAACAUCCGCCGGUCGCCGCAUAUGCCUCCCCAGCCAUACCCUGGAGCUGCUCCUGCCCCAAAGGCCCUUGAUCGAUCUGCAUCCCAGGGCAAUCUCGCUGUUCAGUAUCGUCGCAGAGGACCCGACUCCGGCCAACCAUCCCCGGUGUCUCCGAUGGCACCCAUGCCUUCGCCUCAGAUUCCUGUUAGUCAGUCCACGCCUACCUUCAGCCCCCCGCCUCGCCGGCCAUCUGCUCCUCCGCUUCCAUCUCCUGCGGCAGAGAAUGCUCCUGUCACCCGCCUUGAUGACUCGAUGAAGCGAGUUGUGAAGAAGAAGGAUAUCUCUGAGCCCACUUUUGUAUCGUCUACUUCCCGGGUCCCUACUGUUGCUCUUCCUGAGACGUCAGAGUCCCGCUCGAGGAGCGGUUCUCGAUCGCGGUCGGGAAGCAUCUUGGGUGCCGCCGCAUCCACGCCCAAUCUUCAUGCUCAUGCCAACAUCAACCCUCCACCAGUGCCUCCGAUCAACCCCAAGCGCCGGAACAUGAUUGGUUCCAUCAUUGGCCGUAGGGGUGAGGAGGAUAUGGGCGCCAGCUCUCCUCAUCUCCCUCUGGCGCCGCCGCCGCCAAUGGCUAGCGACCCCAACGGUGAUGGCAACAGCGCCUUCUCAAUCAGCGACGAUGAGGAUGCCCAAGGGGGCCAGCGACGUCGACUACGCAAGACCAUCAGCGAGGCCAACGGCAUGAACAUGCGUGCUCGCAUGAACCGGGGCAACAGUCCUCCAACGGCUAUCCCCGGCGGUGUUAAUAACAGCUCCAUGCCGGGUGGCAUGAUCUAA